AUGUCAAGUAUCUUUAUGGUAUCAGAAAAUCAAACUGAUUUUUCUGCUGAAAGCCUUUUUGACCAAAUGGAUAUAGAAAAUACAGGAAUCCUGUAUCUUGAGAAUUUAAAAGCAUUAUUAAGGCUUAUAGAGCCUUCCCAAGUAUUUUUUGUCAAGCAGGUGCUUUCGAACUAUAUUUUCGAUUAUAAAAAUUUUGAAAUUACAAGAAAUGACUUUGUGAAACUUUACAAUAGUUAUGUGGAAGCUACCCAGCUACAAUGCACUAGACAAAUAAGAGCUCCUGUCAGAGUAAAAAUAAAUUUAAAAGAAUUGAUGACAGGACAAACAUCAAAAAAUUCAAAAAAUGUAAAUGAGCCUUUCAGCCAAAGAGUGCUUACAUUAUUUAUUUUUAUUUUUUUUCAAUUUUAUUUAUUAAAUUUUAUUGUUUUUAAAAAAAAAUAAAAUUUUAAAAAAGUUAGAAGAAUAAAUUUUGAUAAAAAUUCAAGCACUGGGAAUAGCAGUUUGAGACAUAUUUUAGACGAAAGCGAGGUUGUAUGCAAAAGGUAACAAACAUUUAGCAUUUCUAAAAUGUUAGAUAGUGAAAGCAAAUAUAAAAAGAGACCAACUCAGUCAUGAAAUGAAGAAAAUUUUGUAAGAGAACUUAAAGGCUAA